CAUCAAAGAUGAAUAUUUAUAGUCAAGAUCAGCACAUUAGACGUAGCCAAACUGAUGGCAAUGCAUCGGAUGAUAGCCUUUUAUUAGCGAAUGAUGGUGUUGAUGCUAGAACACCAUUGUUAUAUCGUACUGAUAAUUCAUCAGUAAUAAGAGACGAGCUUCUAUCAAACCAAUCACUUUCACCAUCAAUUCAUUGCCAUGUACCAGACGAUAAAUUUGAUUAUGGUGCAAGAAAUCGUCUUAUUCUUGUACUAUUUAUUUGUAUUAUUUUUAUGAUCAUUGAAAUCGUUGGAGGCGUUCUUUCCAAUUCAACAGCUGUUGUAACUGAUGCUGCUCAUAUGGGCAUUGAUUGUGCUAGUUUUCUAAUAUCAUUAACAGCAAUGUAUCUUGCAAGAAAACGACCAACAAGAAAACUCUCAUUUGGUUAUAUUCGAGCAGAGGUACUUGGUGCUCUUCUAAGUGUAUUAACAAUUUGGUUAGUUACUGGAGUACUUGUUUAUAUGGCUAUUGAACGUUGUAUCUACCAGCAGUUUGAAGUCAAACCACUAGAGAUGAUUAUUGUCGCAUCAUGUGGCGUUGUAUUCAAUAUCAUAAUGUUUUUUACAUUACAUGCUAAUAUGUGUGGUACAUCUGUACCUCAUCAUGGUCAUUCACAUGGAGGGCACCAUCAUGGACAUUCACAUUCACAUAAUGACAGUCAUGAUAGUACAAGUACAAUUAUUAAUACUGAACCAAUAGUUGCUGAUAUAAUAGUUGGUCAAGUUGGAGAUCAAAUUGUAAAACAUAAAAAACCAACAACAAAUAUCAAUAUUCGAGCCGCAAUUAUUCAUGUUAUUGGUGAUUUUGUUCAAAGUGUUGGUGUUCUUUGUGCUGCAAUAUUGAUUAAAUUUAAGCCGGAAUAUAAACUAGCUGAUCCUAUCUGUACUUUUGUCUUCUCCGUCCUUGUUCUUAUUACAACAAUAACUAUAAUGCGUGAUAUUAUUUUGGUUCUUAUGGAAGGUGUUCCGUCCAAUAUUAAUUAUGCACAAGUAGUUGAUGAUCUUCUUCGAAUACCUGGCGUACGAGAUGCACAUAGUUUACAUAUAUGGUCAUUAUCAUUACAAAGAACAGCUCUCUCCGUUCAUAUUGCAAUUGAUUCUGAUCGAGAUUAUUUAACAGUUCUAAGUCAAGCUCAAGAAAUGCUUCGUCAUGAACAUUCCAUUGCUCGAAUGACAAUACAAGUCGAACCAUAUGAUGCACAUAUAAUGAGUUCAUGUGAAAAUUGUCGUCGACCGGUUACUUGA